CUCGUGGAUCUUUUCGGCUUUGGGUGGCUCUCCCUGUUGUAAGGUGACAGCACGGGGAAAGCGCGAAAGAGUCGUGGGCCCUGCCGCACAGACGGGAGUCAGGCGUUCGGUGGCGCUGCCCGUGAGCCCCGCGACGCGGAGAUCGGAGCCGCGGUCCCGGCGACCCUCCGCGCCCGCCGUUCGCGCCGCGCUCCGCCCACACAGUCCGAUGGCGGCGGCCGUCGGGAGGCGCGCGGCUGCGGCCAGGGUGACCUUUGAGGACGUUGCCGUGCACUUCUCCUGGGAGGAAUGGAGGCUGCUUGAUGAGGCUCAGAGACGCCUGUACCUCCGUGUGAUGCUGGACAACUUCACACUUAUAUCCUCUCUGGGUUGCUGCUGUGGAAGGGAAGAUGUGGAGACACCCACUGAACAGAACAUUUCUGUACGAGUGUCACAGGCAAAGAAUCUCAAGGCAGCUUCAUCUUCCCAGAAUAGUCACCCCUGUGCCAGUUGUGGGACGGUCUUGAGAGACAUUUUCAACUUGGUUGAGCAGCAGGGCACACAAAACAGCCCAACACUGCUGAGGUGUGGAGCAUGUGGAAAGCAAUUUCAUUUCAGUGCAAAGUGCCACCAGUACCAGGAGCAGCACAUCGGACAGAAACCCUUCAGAAGUAAUGUGCGCAGGGCCUCGUUUGUGAAAAGCUGUGGAAUCCAUGUGUCAGGGAAGCCUUUUACCUAUGGCGAGGUUGAGAAGGACUUCCUGACCAGCUCGGGACAUCAGCAGCAACAGACCACCCAUAAAGUAAAGGAGCCAAACACAGGCACCCAGUGGGAAGCAACGUUACAAAGCAGAAAAAGUCAUUACACUUCAGGGGAAGUCAAGAAAAGCUUUAACCCCCAACAUAUACUUGUGGACCAGGCUGUCCGUACUAGAAGACCAUGUUUUGUGUGCAGUGAGUGUGGAAAAACAUUCAGGUACAAAUCGUCGUUUGUCACGCACUGCAGAGGCCACACUGGAAAAAGUUUCCGUGUCUGUGGCAAAAGUAGAAAAUCCUUUGGUGGGAGUUCAACACGUGGUCAUCAUGAAAAAAUUCAUACAGAAGCAAGGCAGUACAAGUGCAGCAAAUGUGGAAAAUCCUUAAGCCUCGAAGCUUUCCUCAUUCCUCCCUGGGGACAGCACAGUGGAGAAAACAGUUCCAUGUGCAGUGAAUGUACACAAUCUUUUAGUCAUAGUUCAGUGUUCAUUCCUUAUCAGAGAGUUCACACUGGAGAAAAGCCUUAUAAGUGUAAUGACUGUUCUAAAUCUUUUACCUCUGUCGCUGCUCUUAAUUAUCAUCAGAGCUCUCACACAGGAGAACGGCCUUAUGGAUGUAGUGAAUGUGGGAAAUCUUUUAUUUCUAGGUCUGAUCUCCGUUAUCAUCAAAGAGUUCACACUGGAGAAAGACCUCAUGAGUGCAGUGAAUGUGGGAAGUCUUUUAUCACUCGCACUGCUCUUCGUUAUCAUCAGAGAGUUCACACUGGAGAAAGGCCUUAUGAAUGUAGGGAAUGUGGGAAGUCAUUUACCCGUAGAAAUAACCUUCUUAUACACCUGAGAGUUCACUCAGGGUAUAGGCCUUAUGAGUGCAGUGAAUGUGGGAAAUCUUUUACCUUUAGCUCUAGCCUUCGUUAUCAUCAUAGAGUUCACACUGGAGAAAGGCCUUAUGAUUGCAAUGAGUGUGGAAAAUCCUUUAACAAUAGGUGGACACUUGUUCGACACCAGAGAAUUCAUACAGGAGAAAAGCCUUAUGUGUGCAGUAAAUGUGGCAAAUCUUUUACUUGUAGCUCCACCCUUCAGUAUCAUGAGCGAGGGCACCUUGGAGAAAGGCCUUAUGAGUGCAGUGAAUGUGAUAGAUCUUUUACCACUAGCUCUGCCCUUCGUUACCAUCAGAGUGUUCACACAGGAGAAAGGCCUUAUGAGUGCAAUGAAUGUGGGAGGUCUUUUAUCUCUAGAUCUGACUUCCAGUAUCAUCAGAAAACUCAUUCAGGAGAAAGACCUUAUGAGUGCAGUGUAUGUGGGAAAUCCUUUAUUCGAAGAAAUAACCUCAUACUACACCAGAGAGUUCACACAGGAGAAAGACCUUACAAGUGUAGUGAAUGUGGGAAAUCUUUUAACAAUAAGUCGACACUCAUUCAACACCGGAGAGUUCACACAGGAGAAAAACCUUACGUGUGCAGUGAAUGUGGGAAGUCCUUUACUUCCAGCUCCACCCUCUGUUAUCAUCUGAGAACUCAUGCAGGUAAAAGGCCUUAUGUGUGCCGUGAAUGUGGGAAAUCAUUUACAUCUAGUUCCACCCUGAAUUACCAUCAGCGAGUUCAUACAGGAGAAAGACCUUAUAAGUGCAAUGAGUGUGGGAAAUCUUUUACCUUUAGCUCAAGCCUCCGUUAUCAUCACAGAGUGCAUACAGGAGAAAGACCAUAUGAAUGCAAUGAAUGUGGAAAAACGUUUAAGGAUAGAUCACAAUUUACUAAACACCAGAGAGGUCACACUGGACAGAGGCCUUAUGAGUGUAGUGAAUGUGGAAAAUCUUUUAGCCACAAAUCUUCCCUCUCAAUACACCAGAAAAUUCAUAAUAGAGAAAGAUCUUACAAAUGUGGUGAGUGUGGUAAAUCAUUUACCUCAACCUCUGGCCUUGGUUACCAUCGGAGACUUCACAGGGGAGAAAAGCCAUAUCAGUGCAUUGAAUGUGGAAAAUCUUUUACCAGCAGCUCAAUACUCGUCAGACACCAGAGAGUUCACACUGGGGAAAGGCCUUACGAAUGCAGUGAAUGUGGCAAAUCUUUUGCCAGUAGUGACACACUUUCUUAUCAUCAGAGAGUUCAUACAGGAACAAAGCCUUAUAAAUGCAGUCAGUGUGAAAAAUCUUUUGCCUCUGGUUCUACCCUCCGCUAUCAUCAGAGAGUUCACACAGGAGAAAGGCCUUACGAGUGUGGUGAAUGUGGGAAAUCUUUUAUCUGUAGUUCUAAACUUCGUUAUCAUCAGCGAGUUCACACAGGAGAAAGGCCUUAUGAAUGCAGUGAAUGUGGAAAGUCAUUUAGGGAUAGUUCCCAAUUCAGUCAACACCGGAGAGGACACACUGGAGAAAGGCCUUAUGAAUGCAGUGAAUGUGGGAAAUACUUUAUGCGAAAAUCUACCCUGUCUCAACAUCAGAGAGUUCACACUAGAGACGAAAAGCCUUAAAUGUGUUGAGAAUGCAAUUUUUAUAUUCAGUGUAACAGCCCUGGAAGAAACUGAGGAGCCACCUUCUGAAUCUAAACUAUUCUCUCUGAAUUGGCACAAUGAGAUGAUUCCUUUUAAGUUUGAUUCAUAUGGGAAAUGUGUGUAAAUAUAUUGUACUUUCUUAACUUGCUCAGGACUUUUUUUAGGUUUAUGGUGCAAAUAGAUUUUGUGGCUGUACUCCCUUUCACCUUUACCAUGGGGCAGGUUUAUACAGUUUGCAACAGUCCUCACCUGAUGUGCUCAGGGAAGUUGACUUCUUGUUCUCACAUAUAUUGUAGUGAAGCAGGAAUAAUGUGAGCACUUAGUCGUCAUCUUUCCGUUUAUUACUAAUUGGGGCACUACAGAACAAUGACUAGUUGUGCCACGGAUUUGUUGGUAUCCCAUGAUACUUUUGAUGAGUUUUCCCAGCCAGCAGUUCAUAAACCUGGGAAGUACCUGCUGCACAUUGGCUUGUACAAUAGUCGAGGCCUUGCUAUCUUUUUUUUUUUUUUUAAGAAUUUAUUUAUUUUUAGAAAGGGGAAGGGAGGGAGAAGGGGGGAGAGAAACAUCAAUGUGUGGUUGCCUCUAGAGCACCCCCGACUGGGAACUUGGCCCACAACCCAGGCAUAUGUCCUGACUGGGAAUGAAACUGGCAACCCUUUGAUUCACAGGCCUACACUCAGUCCACUGAGCCGCACCAGCCAGGGUGAGGCCUGCCUCUUCCAAUUCCACAUUAAUUUUUUUAGAUUUUUAAACUUAUUUUUAGAGAAAGGGAAAGGGAGAUAAACGUGUGGUUGCCUUUCAUGCACACUCUACUGGGGACCUGGCCCACAGCCCUGGCAUGUGCCCUGGCCGGGAAUCAAACCUGCAACCCUUCAGUUCACAGACCAGCACACAAUCCACUGAGCCACAUCAGCCAGGGGUAAUUCCACAUUAAUCUUUAAAUUUAAAAAAUAGGUUUUUUGAAUUUAUUUUUAGAAAGGAAGGAGAAAGACACAUUGAUCAGUUGCCUCUCUCACACCCCCAACUGGGGACCCAGCCUGCAACACAGGCAUGUGCUCUGACCAGGAACUGAACCCGCAACCUUUUGGGCUACAGGCCAGCACUCAAUAUACUGAGCCACACCAGCCAGGGCUAUUUUUAAAUGUUCAUUGAUUUUUAGAGAAAGGUAGAAACAUUGCUUUGUUUUUCUUAUUUACACAUUCAUUUGUUGAUUAUUCUUGUACCCAGACAAGGGUUGAGCACGUAACCUUGGCAUACUGGGAUGAUUCUCUAAGCAACAGAGCUACCCAGCCAGGGCUCACCUUCAAAAUUGGUUGUCGUUUUUACUGUACAGGUAGUUUAGAAACUGAUUUGGGCUCUACAGGCAUGAAGAGGUGAACAAUAUUUUGCGGGUCUCAAACGUUCUCUGCUUGUGGACAGACUGAGGGCAGAAAAUAAUGGGCCAGUUUUGACCAAAUUUGUAUGGCUUUCCAAAGCUUCCUAGAAAGGAAUGAAGGGCUUUCUGGUUCUCAUUUGGAUAUUGUGAUUUAGGAGUCUAAGAGUCCGAUUACCCUGAAGAGGGGACAGGUAUAAGAUCCUCAGGAGAGUAGUAUGAUUUUUCUUUUACCCAAAGCAGGUACCACCAAUUGUAUCAACACUGAAAUGGGUUAUGCUUCUCUUACCUACAGGAAGUCAUGUGCCGGCUGUCCACAAUUCAUUGGACUAGGGUCACUGGUUGAAAGACCGUUCAGGAAAACCCUGGUUGGUUCAGAAACAGUGGUCAAUUACAGAUUGGAGUAGACUGCAGCCAGCUAGAUGAGAGUGGCUCAUCUAAACAUGCAUCUGGAAUUGUCUCUGUGACCUCAACUGCAUGAUCAGUAUACACAGAUCUGAGGACUCCAGGCAUGGUUAUUUUGUGUAGCUGAGGUUUGUUCAUUUAAAAAAAAAAAAAAUUAGUCCCGUUGGCCCAUUUGUAUCUUAGGGGUUUUGCAUCAUUGGGUUACACUAACCAUGGGUGGGAAAUAUUAAAAAUAAAUGUUAUAUUGCUCAUGUGUCCUAUGUGGUUAGGCCUAUUAUAUUGGUUGUAUGGUGUCUGUUCUGAACAUGAACAGUUUUUCUAUUCUCUAAAUGUAAAAAGUAUAUAAAAUUUAUAUUGCAUUGUGUAUUAUAAGUAAUCUAGAAAUUUGCUAAUGUAUACAGGGGGAUGUAUGUAGGAUAUGUGCAAAUCUUACACCAUUUUAUAUAAGGGACUUAGCAUCUACAGACUUUGGUAUUUGCAAAGUCAUGGAACCAAUUCCUGGUAGAUAUUGUCUGUCUUAGAUUAUAAAGUAAGAUGUACCCAUGUGGCUCAGUUGGUUGUGUGUCAUGCAAAGUGAAAGGUUGCCAGUUCAAUUCCUCGUCAUGGCACAUGCCAGAGUUGCAGGUUUGGUCCUGGCAAAUAGGAAUCUGUUUCUCUUACAUCAGUGUUUCUUUCUUUCACUUUCUCCCUCUCUUGCACUCUCUUGAUAAAUAAAAUCUUUUUUCAAAAAGAAAGAUGAUGUGGGCAAAAUUGUCCCUAAAUGGGUAGGACAUAAUCACUGACUACAGAGAAGAGUGAGGUGUUUUAUGUUUUGUUUUGUUUUGUUUUGUUUUUUAAUGGGACUAGAGGUAGAACUUGUCAACAUCAGAAAAACCUGAAGCUGUAGAGAAUUGUUAUAAGAGUUCAUGUGAGCCAAAACUAAUGAUACAUGCCUGAGAGCAAGAUCCCAAAUGCUUUCGAGAUUAAGUUUUGCACUUUUAUGCCAUUGAAAUUGAGGGUACAUAAGGAAAAUUGCAUGGAAUUUGGCAAAAGCAAAGCAUGAAGUGGGAUUACAGGAUAGUUAACAAAAUUGUGUGCUCUCUUGAGGGUUCAUGCUCCCACUGAGGGCUAUUCCUUCUGGUCUUCUGAAGGGGCCUUAACCUGGGCACAUAAAA